AUGGGAAAAGAAGGCACAUCUGCGGGUACGCCCCCAUAUUAUGCUCCCAGGGAGCAUGAGAGGCACGCGAUGGAUCCAUCACCAAGGAAUACCACAGAUACGGAUAGUGAUCUCCAGUCCAUAGCACCGGAGGACCGUCCGCCUCAAGCAUUUGAAGGAAAAGAUGAAGAAUGUCGCCCUCCCUAUGCCUCGGGCACAAACUGCGGUACUGCGGUUGUGGUGCCGAGGCUAAAUCGCAGAGGACUCUUUGGACAAUUCACACUCCUGGCUGAAGUUGAAAAUCCGAAGACUUAUUCUCGGAAGAAGAAAUGGUUCAUCACUUUCAUUGUUGCGUGGGCAGGAGCCACAGCCCCUAUGGGAAGCGCAAUACUCUUUCCUGCCCUGUCUCAGGUCACCAAAGAGCUGAGCUCGACAACCACCGUGGCGAACCUCAAUAUAUCUUUGUACAUGCUUAGUAUGUCAAUCUUUCCAUUAUGGUGGUCUUCUUUUAGUGAAAGGCUGGGGCGACGAACUAUAUAUCUUGCAUCCUUUUGCCUCUUCGUGGUAUUCAAUGUACUCUGCGCUAUUUCCAAGUCGAUGGCCAUGCUCAUUGUCAUGCGUAUGCUCAGUGGUGGAGCUUCAGCUUCGGUCCAGGCGGUCGGAGCAGGGACAAUUGCAGAUCUAUGGGAAUCUCAAGAGAGAGGCCGUGCUAUGGGAAUAUUCUACCUUGGUCCAUUAUGCGGUCCGUUGGUGGCACCUAUUGUUGGGGGUGCUCUGGCUCAACGGUGGAAGUGGAGGAGCACGAUGUGGUUCCUAGCAGCUUAUGGAGGCAUAACCGUCGCGUUUAUAUUCUUCGCCCUUCCAGAGACGUUGGUAUCGGCGAAGUCCCCUAGUCCCAAUACAAGCAGUGAGCAACAGGAACCGAUUGGGCGUCGGCUGAGCCGAGUCUCUUCCCGGCAGGUUGUGGGGUUAACCACCAAGUGGCUGAAGAUCCUCAAGAUGGCUCUCGUUGAUCCGCUGAAAAUUGUACUUUAUCUUCGAUACCCACCAGUCUUACUCACGGUAUACUACGCAAGUAUCACUUUUGGCUCUCUUUAUGUGUUGAAUGUCAGUGUUGAACACACCUUCGGGAGCGAUCCAUAUAACUUCACUACGAUCCUUGUCGGACUGCUCUACAUCCCAAAUUCUUUGGGCUAUGUUGUCGCCAGUACAUUCGGAGGGCGAUGGAUGGACAAUAUCAUGCAGCGGGAAGCCAGAAAGGCACAAAGAUACGAUGAGAAUGGCAAUCUAAUAUACCAUCCCGAAGACCGCAUGCGUGAGAAUGCCUGGCUGGGUGCUCUUUUGUAUCCUGCUGCGUUGAUUUGGUAUGGCUGGACCGCAGAUCGGGGUGUAUUCUGGCUUGCGCCGAUGAUUGCAAAUUUUUUCUUUGGUAUAGGAUCCAUGCUUAUUUUUAGCAUGGCAACGACGAUGUUGACGGAAUUUAUGCCCAAGAAGGCUUCCUCCGGGGUUGCACUGAAUAACUUUAUGCGGAACAUCUUCUCCUGCGUCGGUUCUCUGGUCACAGCUCCUAUCAUUGACGCGAUUGGUAACGGAUGGUUGUUUACUAUACUGGGGAUUGUUGCCUUUCUAAGCAGCUCCGUUCUGUUCGCGAUGAAGGUCUUCGGGCCUCGCUGGAGAAAGUCAAUGGAUGCACUCAGGCAUUGA